ACGUCAACAAAUAACUUUUCGUUUCAUCGAUUUGAUUGGAUAGCUAUUAAACCUUAUCCUAUAAACAUCCAAUAGUAUCGUAUCGUAUAAACCAUCGCCGGAGGGAUAAAGGUUUAAUCGGAAUAAUUUUUAAAGAUGGCGGGAUGCGGUUGACGUUAAAAAGAGUAACUAUUUUUGUUGUGGUAGUUUACUUUUUAUUAACUUGUUACACUGCUUAUAUACUUUUAAGAAAGAAUCCAACUAAGACUAGGAAACCACCAAAACAUAUAUUUUCUAUAUCAGAAGAAGAAGAAUGGAAUCCUUGGGGGGAAGAAUUUGAAAGAGAACAGCAACAUACAUUAGUAAAUGACCGAUCAUCAGUAAAAUGGUGGAAUAAUCAUAGUUUGGAUUUUGGUAAACAAUAUCACAAACCAAAAUCAAAUGAUUCAAAAAUAUUUGAUCAACAAACAUAUAGUGUUGAAAUAUGGGGAAAGGCAGCAAUUGGUAAGAAUUUUUCUUAUUUUUCUAUGAUAUAGAAAACAAAAAUAAUUUAAUUAAACAGAAUAUUAGCAUAUUUAUUUAUACAGUAGGUGCUACUUAUUGUAAUCAAACUUUGGGACAUAGUAAGUGAAUAA